GGCGGCCGCGGCUCCCGGGCUGAGGGAGGGAGUCAGAGAGGGGGAGACAUGGACAGGCUGGCGGCGUCCUUCGGCAGUGAUCCAUUUGAUAAGCCUCCAUGUCGCGGUUGUUCCUCUUACCUCAUGGAACCCUACAUUAAAUGUGCAGACUGUGGACCUCCUCCGCUACUUAUAUGUCUGCAGUGUUUUACUAGAGGGUUUGAGUACAAGAAGCACCAAAGUGACCACAGCUAUGAAAUAAUGACGUCUGAUUUUCCCAUUUUGGAUCCAAACUGGACAGCCCAGGAGGAGAUGUCACUGCUGGAAGCCGUGAUGGACUGUGGCUUUGGAAACUGGCAAGACGUAGCCAACCAGAUGCGUACAAAAUCCAAGGAAGAUUGUGAAAAACACUACAUGAAGCAUUUUGUGAACAAUCCACUGUUUUCCUCCACUUUGCUGAGUUUAAAGCAAUCCGAAGAAUACAAAGGCUUUGACACAGCAAUCACAUUCAGACCUUGUGAUGAGCCCCCAAGACCUACGUUUGAUUCUGCAGUGUCGAGGGACAUGGCGGGCUACAUGCCAGCACGAGCAGACUUUGUUGAGGAAUUUGACAAUUAUGCAGAAUGGGACCUGAGAGAUAUUGAUUUUGUAGAGGAUGACUCUGAUAUUUUGCACGCUCUGAAGCUCGCAGUGGUGGAUAUUUAUCACUCCCGAUUGAAAGAGAGGCAGCGAAGGAAAAAAAUUUUGAGAGACCACGGCCUGAUUAACCUCCGGAAGUUUCAGAUUCUUGAAAGACGGUACCCUAAGGAAAUGCAGAACCUGUACAAUGGCAUGAAAUACUUUGCGAGACUGCUGGGACCUAUUGAGCACGACAAAUUCAUUGAAAGCCAUACGUUGGAUUUUGAACUGCGGAAAGGGAUCAAACGGUUGCAAGAAUACAGAUGUGCAGGAAUCUCCACCUUACGCGGCGCCAAAGUUUACAAUUGCCUGAAGGCACAUCGUGAGGAGGAGCGUGUAAAACGCAGCAUGCUUACAGAGGUCCUCCAGUGUCUCCAGGAUUCCAGCGCCUGUCAGCAGUGGUUACACAGACAAGCCGCAAUCGAUUCAGGACUAAACCCAGUGACUCCGGUCAUUCCUACAGCAGCAGGCAGGCGAAACGCACCCCCACUGAACCUCACCGGUCUCCCGGGCACGGAAAAACUCAACGAUCGGGAAAAAGAGCUAUGCCAGGUGGUGAGACUGGUCCCUGGAGCUUACUUGGAAUACAAGGCGGCUUUAAUGAACGAGAGCAGCAGGUUGGGAGGCUUGAAGCUGGCUCAGGCAAGGACUCUCAUUAAAAUAGAUGUGAACAAAACGAGAAAGAUCUACGAUUUCCUGAUACGAGAAGGAUACAUCACUAAAGCUUAAAAACCAGCCACGACCCCUAUUGGGCUUGGCAUUCAGGAGCGUUGUCACUAAGCAACCUCAAGCAGUUACUGCAGGUUACCUGGCAACGGCAGAAUUGUUUUGUCGGUGUGCGAAGUGGAAGAAUCGACGGGGAUUCAAAUAUUUAUUCUUUAUUUUAUAAAAGAUUGGAACUAUGUUGUCUGACUGACUGACUAACUGACUGACUGAAUUUGUCAUUUUGUAUGGGUUUUUUCCGUGAAGCGAUUUCUCGAAUGGCAAUUUUUCUUUCUGGAUUCCGUUCAUGCGAGAAUGUGUAUUUAAACUUGCUUUUUUAAUUUUUAUUAUCGUCAUUAAGAAAAGAGGAUCGAUCCCAUUUCAUUGAUGGCACUUGCAGCUCGUUGCAGGUCAACUUUUGCGUUGAUGAAGCCAUCUUGAGUCAGCACAACCUGUUGCACUCGCAAAAUGAGAUGAAAUCAAUAUGGUUUCUCGAGCACACGCACAAGCAAGCGAUGUCACUGUGCAAAACUUAGUGGGUGCGAAUGCAUUUACAGAGUGACGGGCAAUGCAGGAGUUAUUGUAUCUGUCACGCUAAAUUCAUUGAAGUUUGUCUUAACGGUCAAAGCUGUCACUUCCAUUCAAUGUUAGGGGAGUGCCCUGUGUUGUCAGAGGUGCCAUCUUUCGGAUGAGACAUUAAAGAGUCUUUAA